AUGGCGGAGCCCGAUAUUCACCCCCAACGGCGGUCCUCCUCUCAAGCUUCAUCUGCAUCGGGCAGGAGCCAGAAAGCUAGGACACUUCGACACAAGACACAAAAGCGCCACUCGGCUUCUUCAAAUGCGACUACCGACCUCACAUCGUUUCCUUCCCUUUCGCCGCCGGAUCGCUCCCCGACAUUGACCCGAGGGUUGACGAAUACAAUGAUGACGGGCAAUGAGGGCGGAGAUAGCGCAAGUGAGACUGGACGCGGGCGCAAGGCUACUCUUGCAAGUUUGACGAGCGGAUUGUCACAGACGUCAGGAAGAGGUGCUCUAUUCGCCGACUCGGUCCCUCCACGCGAUAUUCCCGGAGCGUUGCACUUGGCAGAUGAUGGGCAUAUCGAGCGGUUGAUCGCAACCACCGGAGCUGUCAAGAUUGUGCGGCAAUUUGCGCGGGAUCUGGCCCAACGGGACGCGGAGAUUUCGUCCCUGCGGCAGCGCGCUGAUGCUAGGGAGAGGGAAUUGAAGAGGAUGUUGCGAGAAGUGUCAGUGUCGAAUCAGGAUAUUGAACGCCGUCUUUACCAGCUUGAAAACCCUACGGAUGACCGCAACUCUGAUGGAGAGAGCAGUGCCAGUGGUGAACAUGGUGGUCUGAAUGGUCUUAUGUCUCAGGCCAUGACGGACACUGUGGGAUCCCAAAAUGACGCGGAUCGGGAUGUCUCACCCGAUCUACAUGCCACCAUUCGGGCUGCCCAGCGUUCAGAGAAUGAGAAUCGGAGCGACGGCGCACCGAGUACCGAGUCUAGCAACACCCGGAGACGGCAAGGUUCGCUUCGUGGCUGGCAGGAAUACUUGUUUGGCUCGACCAAUGCCAGUCGAAAGACUAGUCGCGCUAGCAGUAUCAUGAGUGACAUGCACGAGGUCGAAGAAGAAGACUCUGCAGAGCGUGUUCGCGUGCCCAGCAACCCCUCGGUGCGGCGAAAAGCCCUCGAUGACCAGCUAUUCCAGCCCCCUGGUGCUGCGGUAAGCGAGAUUCUGAAUAGGAGACUCGCUAGUGGGUCUACUGCCGCCGACGAUGCAAGUGUUCACUCGCGCAAAUCUUCACGCUCACUCGGUUCAUGGACAGUCAAGUUGUUCGCUGGCAAUGCGCAAGCAAAAGACGCUGCUAGUGAUUCCGAGACCAGCCGCAACAGAGCGGCAUCAGACAAUCAAGACAAAGACAAAUCAGCUGGGUCUACUCUCUCCGGAGCGGCUGUUUCCAAGAGUGGAUUGUCUGCGGUUGCUGCACUAAAGAGAAUCAAUAGCAAUUCCAACGUGGCUACUUCCGGUGGACGCACUGCUAGUGGAAGUGGGACGGUCAAGAUCAAUCCGCAGCGAAGAAACCCUGCUAGUAUCGUUCCACAAGGUGCAACCGUUGAAAAUACCGACCGAAGCUCGACCAAUCUUGGACCCGUCGAAAUGGAUGCUAUUUUACCCUUGGAGUCUCGCCCUCCAACUUUGACUCCCAUUUACAAUAACUCUCAACCGGGCGAAUUCCUGACUGAUCGAUUUGGCUUCAUCUAUGAUCAGCGACGAAAGAAGCGUCAGAGAGAAGCCAAUGCUGUCAAGGGCCAUAAGUCACGAUUAAGCAUCGCCGAGACCCUUGGCAAUCACCGCGCAGACUCUGAUGUUGAGGAUGACGCUCAAGCAAGUCCCACUCCUCAGCAAACCGUUGACACGCCCGGCUCUGGUCCGGGCUCCCCUGAUGAUGAUCCUGAAAAUGGAGGUGUUGGAAUGCGUCGCUGGCAGGAUUAUUUGAGAAAGCCAUCUCGCCCGACAGAGCUUCUAUCUCAUACACCCUCCGCUGGUCCUAUCAUUUCCUUGACAACUGCGGGAGAGAACCGUCCGCAAAACUCGUCGGUUUCGGUGGACAAAGGCGGCGCUGUAUCUGUUGGUUCCAGCGCACAACCCUCUGCAUCUUUUUCAGCUGUAACGGCGGAUCGUCCUGAAUUUGCCGGAACCACCUCUGAAGAGUCGGACAUUGCAGCAUCCGCCGGGAUUAGCGCUGCUGAAACCGAGCCGGUGAAGCUACUUCUUGAGCAACUCACCGAUCUCCAUGAUUCAUUGCAGCGUGACCGGACGGUGAGAUGGAACGAGUUCCUCCGCAAGGUUCGUGCCGAACGCAGAAAGGAAGGCGAAGCUGCCGCUGCCGCCGCCGCUGCCGAUCGAUCCGUGACUGUUGUUGACACGCCGGAAGCAUCUCUCGCAGACGGUGAGGUCAUUGGUAUCGCUGGACUUGGCAACAAAGGCAAGGUUGGUCGUGCCAAAUGGCGAGAGUUCCGCCUGUUAGUUCUCGGUGGUAUUCCCGUUGCUCUACGUGCCAAGGUUUGGUCCGAGUGUAGCGGUGCGUCUGCCAUGCGGAUUCCCGGAUACUAUGAAGAUCUUUCGCGAGGAAUUGGCGGCACCGAGCCAGACCCGUCGGUCAUCGCCCAGAUUGAUAUGGACAUACGGCGCACUCUUACGGAUAAUGUCUUCUUCCGCAAGGGUCCCGGUGUGGGCAAGCUGAAGGAGGUCCUCCUAGCAUAUUCACGCCGCAAUCCCGAGGUUGGAUAUUGCCAGGGCAUGAAUCUAAUCGCAGCUUCGCUACUACUUAUCAUGCCGACAGCCGAAGAUGCAUUCUGGAUUUUGACUUCAAUGAUCGAGAUCAUCUUGCCCCAUCAUUACUAUGACCAUGGACUUCUUGCGUCCCGCGCGGAUCAGGUUGUCCUUCGACAAUACAUUUCCGAACUUCUGCCCAAGUUGUCAGCGCAUCUGGAAGACUUGGGCAUUGAGUUGGAAGCCCUCACCUUCCAGUGGUUCCUUUCUAUCUUCACCGACUGUCUCUCUGCGGAAGCAUUGUAUCGCGUAUGGGACGUGGUCUUAUGUCUCAACGUUACCAGUGCAAGUACCGUCUCCGCUGGACCUGCACCAGCGACCAAUUCAUCUGCUUCGAGUGUCAAGGACGGCACAGAUAAGGCCACCCUACCCACCGAAGAGCUUGCUUCUGGCAGUGGAGGAGGAAGCACGUUCCUCUUCCAAGUCGCCCUGGCACUCCUCAAACUCAAUGAGCCACAGCUGCUCACCACGUGUACCACUCCGGCUGCAUUGUACACGUACAUCAAUCACCAAAUGACCAACCACGCUAUCAGUAUCGACGGCUUGAUCCAAGCCAGCGAGGCACUACGUAACAUGGUCCGUCGCGAAGACGUCGUCGCUCGCCGAGCUAUCGCAUUGCAGGAGAUUGCGUGA